UCAUGCAAAAUGUUUAACAUUACCCGUGCUCUGAUCUCAAAAAGCGUAAAAAGGCAGAAUUACACCGAUUUUCUCGAUUAACUCUAAGUUGUUGGCUGACAUAUCUAGUUGGCACCAGCUGACCUGAUAGAGUUACCUUGUAAUCACUGAGUACAAUAACACUUUUUUUUUCUAAAAUUUAGCAAACUGUAAUUUUGAAACCAAAAGCCCUUGUAAAUUUUCACUUCGAAAUGUUUCAAGACUCAUUGCUUAUUAUAAAAUCGGAUUAUAUGGCAAAACGUAAACAUUUACUAAUAUAUUUGCUACAGAAUGGAUUUCAGGUUCAAGCACAACGCAAGGUGAAAUUUACUCCCGAAUUAGCGGCUGAGUUUUACCGGGACAUUUCCGAAGAACCAGAAUUUAUGUUUCAAGUUAUACUAUUAUCGAAAGGACCAUCGGAGACAUUAAUACUGGCGAAGGAAAAUGCUGUUGAAGAUUUACUGAAUUCUAUGGUAUGUUAUUUUGGUAAUUCUGUGGAAAUGGAGAAAAAUGUCCACGUUACAAGAUGCCUGGGAAAAGUACAAAAGGAUAUUGCUUUCAUCUUCCCCAACUAUAUUUUUGAACCAAUUACUCAUCCUGAUCACAUGGAAUUUUCAAAAGAUAAUUCAAUUGUAUCUUCUCUAAUAAGUGGAGUCUAUGACAUUGCAACUCAACCAGCAACGGAACCACACAAAAAUUGGAAAGAGAAAUUAACCGACUGCCUUAUUCUUUCAAAUAAAAAUUUACCCCGUGUAUCCAACCAAUGUUCUUGGAAUCCUUCAGUAAAUGUUCGUGAAAUAAGCCAGCAAACAAAGAUUACCACUUUAAAGCAUAAUAACAAUGCCGCGCUAAACGAUUCUAAUUUCUCCAUUGAUUUCGAUACAGAUGGCAUCUCUCUUAAUAUUACAACAACCUCAUGUGUUUCCUGCUCCGAUUUCAAUAGUGGAGACGAUUGCAUACUACAGGGAAAAUCCCUGAUUUAUAUGACCAAAAUGAAAACAGCUCCUUUGGAAGUCAGAAGUGCAUCCACUUCAGAAAUUGAUAUAGGAAUUCUUUCUUCAACUAAAGAAGGAAUUGAGAAAGGGUUAAUUGUGGAUAUGGAAGAAGAGGAAUUGAAUGCAGAGAUCGGUGACACUUUGUCGGCUGAUACAGCGCAGAAUCUAUCAAAAUCAGAUGUAAGCCAAUUUUAUGCAUCAAAUGGACACGGUGCCGGUGAUGGUAGUGUAUUGGUUGACAACAUAUCAUUGUUAGUAAGUGAAAAUAUGCAGGAUACCCAAUUAAAGAGCCUAAAUGAGGCGGAAACAUUGGAGAAUGGAGAAGAAUUGUCAUCUCCAAAGGAAAUUAUCAACAAUUUCGCAGUACCGUCAGAUAAUGUGACACACAAUGUAGAGGUUAUUAAAUACGUACCUGAAAUAAAUAAUGAUGUACAGUUGGAAGAGCUGGCAAACAAUACAACUACAGAACCAAAUAAUAUCGAACAUGAUCCAGAAAAUCGUUACCAGGACCGGUUAGAGGAUACUGAAACAUACACAUAAUUUGAUAAAUAAACAUUAAAUAUUUUAAAAUAUUUGCGAAAUCAGUAA